AUUAAAUUGUCUCUAACAUAUAUAUACACAGAGUUUGAACUAAUUGUUAUGGCUCUCAAGUACUUUGUAUUAACCAUUGCAAUAUUGGCUGUGGUGACUUCAAUAAGCCAUGCAUCUGAUCCUAGUCCUUUACAAGACUUUUGUGUUGCUGUUGAGGAUUCCAAGUCUGCUGUUUUCGUGAAUGGGAAAUUUUGCAAGGAUCCAAAGGAUGUUACUGCAGAUGACUUCUUUAGACCAGGGUUAAAUGUACCUGGAAAUACUUCAAAUCAACUUGGAUCUGUUGUGAUUGCUGUGAAUGUAAACAACUUGCCUGGACUCAACACUUUAGGCAUUUCUUUAGCUCGUAUUGAUUUUGCACCGUACGGUCUCAACCCACCUCAUACUCACCCUCGAGGAACUGAAGUUCUUGUUGUCCUUGAGGGCACGCUCUACGUUGGAUUUGUUCUUUCGAACCCUGGUCCAAAUAUGAAGAACAAACUCUUUACCAAGAUUCUACAUCCCGGAGAUGUGUUCGUUUUUCCAAUAGGUCUGAUACAUUUUCAGUUUAAUGUGGGAAAGACUAAGGCCGUUGCAUUUGCUGGACUCAGUAGCCAAAAUCCAGUAGUCAUCACCAUUGCAAAUGCAAUAUUUGGCUCAGAUCCACCUAUCAAUGAUGAUGUUCUUGCAAAAGCAUUCCAAGUUGACAAGAAAGUUGUGGAUUAUCUCCAAUCACAAUUCUGGUGGGAUAACAACUAAAUUAGUAUGCUGUUAUCAUUUGUGCUUAUGUUUGGAAUUUAGGAAAUCAUAAAUAAAUCUCAUGAUCCAGCAUUGUGGACUGGUUUCAUUGAUCUUUGUAUUGGAUUUCUCAUGGUUUGUUCUGGUUAUAAUUUAUCGCGUGUUACAGUAAUGUUCUCAAAACUAUA